CGGCCGCCAUACUGUGGGCUCGGCUCCGCAGCACAGGGAGGUGCGGUGUACUGUGCUGUGAGCGCCGCUGCCGGGACUUUGAGGAGAGCGCGGGCGAGUCCGGAAGCCGCGCCAUGGAUUCGGUGAGCUUUGAGGACGUGGCUGUGCACUUCACCCAGGACGAGUGGGCUUUGCUGGAUCCUUCCCAGAAGAGUCUGUACAGAGAUGUGAUGCUGGAGACCUGCAGGAGCCUCGCUGCGAUAGGGUAUAUAUGGGAAGAACAGAAUGUUGAAGAUGACUGCAAAAAUUUUGGAAGAAUUCAAAGGCAUGUCAUAUCUGAUCCUGAAUACUUACUGGAUGAGCAGGAGAGAUGCGGAAACAAGCAGUACGAUUCUAGUUCUCUCACAAGUCAGGGAUACAUGGGCACUCACACUGUGAGUGGACCUUGUGAAUGUGAGGUAUGUUUAAAAUCCUUUGGUUUUCCAAGUACAUUUGGAAUGUACCACCAGCCCCACAGUGGACAAACCUUCUGUGACUACAAGGAAUGUGGAAAGGCUUCUGUUUAUCAUAGUUCGCUUUACACACAUGGAGGAACUCACACUGUAAGAAAAUGUUACUCAUGUCAGCAGUGUGGCAAAGUUCUGAGUUCUUCCAGUUCCCUUCAAAGGCAUGAGAGAAUUCACACAGGAGAGAGACCCUAUAAAUGCCAGCAGUGUGGGAAAGCUCUGAGUUCUUCCACUUCCCUUCAAAGGCAUGAGAGAAUUCACACAGGAGAGAGACCCUAUAAAUGCCAGCAGUGUGGUAAAGCCUUUAGAUGUCACAGUGCCCUUCAGUUACAUGAAAGAAUUCACACUGGUGAAAAACCCUAUGAGUGUCAGCAGUGUGGAAAAGCCUUCACGUGUCACAGUUACCUUCGAUUACAUGAGAGGACUCAUACCGGAGAGAAACCCUAUGAGUGUCAGCAGUGUGGGAAAGCCUUCAGAUGUCAAACUUCCUAUCACAGACAUAAAAUUAUUCAUGGUGGAGAAACGUUCUAUGAGUGUAAGCAGUGUAGUCGGCUCUUCAUUUAUCCCUCCUUACUUCAGAUGCAUGAACGAACUCACACUAGUGAAAGACCCUAUAAAUGUAAGGAAUGUGGGAAGUCAUUCCUUUAUCCCUCCUUACUUCAAAUGCAUGAACGAACUCACACUGGAGAAAAGCCCUAUGAGUGUAAGCAGUGUGGUACAGCCUUUAGACACCACUCUUCCCUUCGGUUGCAUGAGAGAACUCACACAGGAGAGAAGCCCUAUGAAUGCCAGCAGUGUGGGAAAGCCUUCACUCGACACACUUCCCUUCGAUUACAUGAAAUAACUCACACUGGAGAGAAACCUUACAAAUGUAAAGAAUGUGGGAAAGCCUUUAGACAUCACUCUUCCCUUCGAUUGCACGGACGAAAUCAUAGUGGAGAGAAGCCCUAUGAAUGUAAACAGUGUGAUAAAGCCUUUAUACGGUACAGUUACCUUCGAUUACAUGAACGAACACACACAGGAGAAAAACCUUAUGAAUGCAAACAAUGUGGGAAAGCCUUCAGCCGUCACAGUUCCUUUCAGAGACAUAAAUCUAUUCAUGCUGUGGAGAACCCCUAUGAGUGUCAGCAGUACCUAAUUCCUUUACCCCUGUUUCCUCCAAAUACAUCCGACAACUCUUACUGGUGAGAGACACUAUGAAUGUGAACAGUGCUAAAAUGUUUAUUCUUAUCCACUUAAAUCACAUGUAAGAACAGAAGAUGUCAUGGGAUAAGCCUUAUUCACAUAAAUGAUAAUACGGUUUAGACUUCAAAGGCAUGAAGGAAUUCAUGCUGGGCACAAUUUCUACAAAUGUAAGCAAUGUGUGGUAAGUCCUUUAUUGGUUGCUUUCCUUUCACAGAAACAAGUUAAUUCAUGCUGGGGAAAUGCCUUAGGAGUGGAAACAAUAUGGUUAGUCUUUUAUCCCUGUUUGCUUCAAGCACAUGAAAAAACUUAAGGUGCAAAAUGCUGUGAAUGUCAGCAGCUGAAGCCUUGCAGAGUUGCAGGUCCCUUCGGUUUCGUGAACGACAUCUCACUGGAGGAGAAACCCUUGAUGUUUAGAUGUCACUGGUCCCAUAGAGUCCAUGAACCAACUUGUAUUGCAGACAAUGCCUGUGAGUGGGGACAAAGCUGUGACACCUUCAAACUCAGUUCCUUUCAAAGAUGUACAACUAUUAAUGGUGGGACAAAGCCUUAUACAUAUAGAUAUAAAGAAUGUGGUAAGUUUUGGUUGUCAGUAGAUGGACAGACAUUUUUGUCGGUAGUGCAGCUGCCUGUAAGUUGCCUGUGCUUAGUAAGCCCAAUUAAAGUCAGUGGUUCCCCAGGCUGCA